UUAUGCUUAAUGUAAAAUUCCAACUAAAUCACAAAUUCUUCCCUCAACUUUUUAAAAUUUCUCAAAUUAAAACUUAAAUUACUCGCCAAUAAAUCUUUAAUCAACCUAGGGCGUCCCUUAAUCCAAAACUUAGAACAAAAAUAAAUAAUCAAUCCAGCAAACUUGAAGUAAUUAAAUGAAUUAAAACCUUGCAAUUAAAACUUACAGAACAAAAUAAUAGCGCACUUAAACAAUUAGUUACUAAUAAAUCCUGGUACAAUAGCUCUUAAAGUUAUUGUAACUAUUAAAUAAACUAUUACUGAAUUAAAUCCGAAUGAAUUAAGACUAAUAUCGUUGAAAAAUUGAACAUUGAUCAUUGAACGUGAAGAAAUGCAGAAUUUUGACGAUCUUGAUAUCGAAGGACGUAAUCCUUCAUAUUUGUCUGAAGAAGAACGUGAAAAGGAUGAAAAUGACCGGAAAAGAUUGAUGAGAUGCAGCGUAACCGCUGAAGACAGCACUCUUCGUCCAGUAUACUCGCAGAUGGAAGAAGGCGAUAUAUGGUGUCACAUAUGCAAUCUCCAGUUGUUUGGGGCCCACAAACUCCAGAGCCACAACAACUCUUCUAGACACAAGCUCAAGUUAGACGAAUGGCCGUACCCUGUGUCCCUGUGGUCAGACAAGGACACUAUCAAGAAACUGCAGGGUCCUCUAAGCGGAACAAUCGGGAUACCAAAUUCUCUAGCUCCUGGAGAACCAGUUCCUCCAGGCAUGGAAGACCAGAUCACUCGGACAACCACCAUCCAGAUGAGCCUGGACCGCCACCAAAGUUCACCGCUCGUUGGUCUUGAAUAUCUGCUAGAGUUGGUUGAUAACGACUCGUGCGAACCCAGUUACACAUGUGUAUUGUGCGACAAACGCGGCGAUCCUCGAACAGUUAUGGCCCAUAUUACGAGCUAUAAUCACCGUAUUUCUUAUUUGAAUCGUCACUUUCCAACCAUAUCACGUGCGAUCGGGGAUUUACCACGGACGCUUAAUUAUAAGCGUGGCGCUAACGAAAUGUCAGUGUUGGUGGCUAAAAAAAUAGAAGAGAAAUUUGGAAGAUUGCAACCACAGCUUGUUGAUAAGGCGCAAUUUGAAAAAAACCGAGUUCAGUUUAUUAAAAAUGUCUUUGAUGAGUAUCAUUUUAGGGAAACGCCUGAGUUAACAUUUAUGGAAGUUUAUGAUGUGCGAUGGGUGACAAACUUUGAAGAGAAACUGGCUGAAAUGACUGCCGAUAAGAAAGAUGUGUCAAAAGAAGUGGAUAAAAAGGAAAAAUCAAAAAAAGAAGAUAAAAUAAUGGAAAAAGCAUUCCCUAAAAAAAUAGAACCCGAUACUUCUAAAUCAUCUAUGAAAAUCCGUAUAGUAACAAAAGAAAAGCUGAUGAAGAAGUCGUCCAAAGACAACGUUCGACCCUCUGAUGACACAAAGUCCCUAUCAUCCUUAUCAAGUAUAUCCAGUAGUCCAUCUCCAUCGCGGUCGCGUUCACGCUCGCCAGGGAACCCUCGUUUCAACCCAUCAAAUCACUCAAAAAGCUCUUCCUCGAAGCACCGUUCUUACUCCUCAAAAUCGCGGCACCACACCCGGGGAUCGCGUUCCCGAUCGCAUUCUAUAGAGCCCCAUCGCGAGCGCGACAAAUGGGAAAAGUACCGUGAGUUGAUCCGUCGCACGGAAGAGAACCUAAACCGCGCAUUGGCAUUCCACGAAAAGAAUCCGGAGAAGCAUCCAUCUUAUCCGGAUGAAUGGAAGAAAUUCUGGAACCGGCGGUACAAGGAACUCCAGGCAGAAGGUAAAGAUCCGUCUAAGCAUGACUUCAAACCCGAGUGGAUUGAGUUUUGGAACAAGCGAAUGCGGGAGCUGCAUAAUGAACAGCUUUCUUCCCGCAAAGAAGACAUUCGCAAGCAACUGGAUCUGCCUGAGGACAAGCCUCCGGAGCAACCGAUCAAGUGGAGCUCCAGCACCAAGAGGAAUAGCAAAGAAGAUCGACUACCGUCUCCUCCUCCGGUAGCCAAAAAGACCCGGUUGCCGGAUAGCGAUGAUGAUGAUGUUGAGUAUGUUGGUACCAAGACUAUCAAACCAGAACCCAAGGUUAGAACCGCUGGAGAGUACCGGGAACAACGGGAACGAGAACGGGAACGGGAGCGGGAACGCGAACGCGAACGUGAACGAGAUCGUCACCAUGAGCAUGCUCGCGAAAUGGUCCGCGAACGUGACUAUUCUUACCUGUAUGCGCGUGAUAAGCCGCCCUACCGACCUUAUUACCAAGCGACUCCCAGACCAGUGAUUCACCCCAGAGUGCGGCAUUAUGCUCCCUAUCCAUUGAAAGAGAAGUCCGCGAGUCCGCCGGCCCAGAACUUGGAAGCUUUGAAGGAAGAUCUGGAGAUCAUUGGGCUGUUGAGAUUGCUAUCAGCCAUUGAGCAGCAGCUAGGCUCCAUGGGACCGAAAGUAGUCGAACUGCUGAAGCGAGCUCUUGCUCUGGAAAAAGCAAAACCCAAUUCCGCGGAAGAGUUGCUGCUUGAUGAGGAGGUAAGUGUCUUCUUCGAAGCUGUUAAAGAAAAACUAAAGGGCCAGUUGUUCGCGGGGAUGAUUGAGAAGAAAGCGAUUCCUGCUACCAAAUCCGCUGUCCAGAAUAUUGCCCAACUAUUGCACAAAGCGGAGGAAGACAAGAAAAAGAAAGAGGAAGAGGAAGAGAAACGCAAGAAACAGACUGAAGAAAUAGCACGUUCCUUGGCUUCUUUUUCGCGGUCUGCUUUUCUUACUCGCAGUUCUGAUGUUAGCUCGAUGAAGUCCGAGCCUGUUAGUGUUCCAGGUGUAGGUGCUGUUGAUAAGGUUGCCAUUGCUCAGCAGAUUGCUGCUGCGUUAGUGGCUCAAGGGAGGACCAAUGUCUCCCAAGAUGAAUUAGAGACUCUGAUAAACGCAGUCGUGGGAAUGGCUGAAGCUUCGCAGCACAGCGACAAGCCGAUUACUGCUGCUAGCUUUGUGAAAAGUUUGACUGCUACUGAAGCCCCAGCAGCUCCAGCUCUCACUCCAACUCCGGUAACUCCAGUAACUCCAGUAGCUCCGGCGCCAGCUCCACCUCCACCUCCAGCUCCAGCUCCAGUUCCAGUUCCAGUUCCAGUUGAGGAGAAGAAACCAGAAUUAGCUCCGGUGGAAACUGUUGAAACUCACGCUGCUAGGAUGGAAAACCUUACGGACAAUGACCUUAAAGACCUUCUGCAGAACUUUAAUGAUCUAGGAACUGACAAGCAGCACGGGUUAAUAAAUUUCUUAAAGAAGUUAGAAGCCAGUGAUCCUGCUAGAGUUGAAAAGCUUCGUGGGUAUGUAAAUUUAGGCAGCUCUGGAGGCUCCGUUCGCGAUGACUCUCCAAGGGAUGAUGAGCCUAUUAGUAAAGGACGCAGUCCUUCGCCAUUUGCUUCCCGCAAAGGCGCUCACAAUCCCUCAGAUGAUGACCACCUUAAGUGGAAACCCAAGAUAGACAUGUUUGCUGAUGAUGAAGAGGAUCGCAGACGCAAGGACGAUGAGAGACCCAAAAAGAUUGACCUCUCUGAUGACGACGAUGAUUAUACUUUUGAAGACAUUUACAAGGCAGCUGACAAAAAUGUCCUGGAAAGCGAGAAAGCUAAAAGACACUCUGACUCUGUAGCACGUUCCUGGUCCCGAUCUAGGUCCCGAUCCCCGUUGUCGCGCAAAGAAAAGUCUAACGAUACUAUCCUCAGUGAAACCAAGCGGCUGAUAGACAAUAUCAUGGGUGGGCUUCCCAAUAAGUAUGUAGUUAAGUCACACAUGCAGAGAGAACGUUCCCCCGUUAAUUCUGACAUCCUGCCCCCUGGGUCCACUAAUGUAACCAUUCCACCGCAGAACUACCCGCCGUUCAACCCACCCAAUCAGUCUCUCCCUCCGGUGCACCAACCUGCUCAACUCCACCAACCUAGCCACCAGGUUAACUACAACCUACCCAACCAGCAGAACCCCUACCCUCAGAACUACUCCCAGCAGAACUACCCUAACUCGGCCUACAUGACCAACAACGUCCAGCCGAUGUCGAACAUGAACAACGGAUACAACCAGCCGUACAACCAAUCCUACUCUGGGAACAAUAUGGCUCCCAACCAAAACCAGUAUGGACCUCCGCAGAACCAGUACCCCCAGUCUCAGCCCCAGUCCCAACAGAUGUACGGCGGCCCUCCGAACCAGUACAGCUCGGGGCCCUCCGCUCCUGGACCGAUUGGCUACCCUCAGCAAAACACUAAUCAGUAUGGAAAUUACAAUAGAUUCUAUUAAUUAUUAAUUCUUAAUUAUUAACGAUAAUCUUUUUCUUGUUUUUGAUGUUGAUGGUGUUAAUUUUUCAAGUCCUCCGUUUUCUAUGCAUUAGUUUUAUCAUUCGAGAUGGAAAUUAAGGUCAUUUUUCCGAGUGAACAAAAUAUUUAAAUAAUUAAAAUGAUUUUAAUGUUACUGUGUAAAAAUAUCAAGAUUAUUUUUUUUAAUUUGGUUAUCUUAAUAUCAUCUUACUCUUCGGCUUGUAAAUUAAGUAUUAUAGAUUUUGCUAUUUACUGUGUACUCGAUACUUCAAUAAGCAAGCGAUUCAAUAAAGUUUUGAGAAAGAUUUAAAAUAAAAUUGACCGAGUUUAGUGUUAUGAUAA